AUGAACGGUAAAAGUAAAUUUAAGGCUCAUGACACUGAGAGUUCAUCAUUCUCAUUGUUGCAUGGCUCUGCGAGACGAUCACGGCACUCGGAAAGAUCCUUCCAUUCGUCUCCCAGGCGGAACGGUGACUUCUCCAGCAGUCCAUCGCCGCACCGUCGCCAACGUCCGAAAAAUGGUCACUCUGGUCAUGAUCCCUUUCAUUACAACGACACUUUGCCUCCAAAUGCCGUGGGGCGAUCAGUUCCGCCUGAAAUGUUGUCUGAGGAUGAUGAAUACCACACGCCUUAUGCAGCCCCGUUGGAUGCGGAUGACAGCAACGCAAACAGCAAACAAAAGUUGGAAUUGCGAGUGCGUAUUGAGGGUGUGAAGGACCUGGUUCCUGACUCCCGCGCGAUGCAAACCCCACCAUCGACAUUUGUCACGGUGCAAACAGCCUAUGGUCGCGGGAAAACUCCUGUUAUAUACAACAAUUCAAAUCCACCUUUCAAUGAUGAGUUUAUGUUUCAGGUGAACAACCCUGAAACAGAGGAAAUUACAGUGACUGUGGUCGCCGUCACAAGUACGGGAGGGAAGAAGAUAGGGCAAUGUGCGUUGUCGGUUGGAAAUCUCAUGCAGAGAAUGGAACGACGUCAGUGGGUAGCACUUGUGCGUCAUCCUGGCACUGAACGAGCGUAUGAGUGCGGUGAGAUAUUGAUUUCCCUCUACUCGGAAAAUUUUGGGACAGACGUUUAUUCUUCACCGCUCAAGGAGAGGGAAUUUCGUGAGAAACUCCGCGCGCUAUUUGGAAAAGAUGCUCCUCAAGAACUUCACCGACUUGAAUGGUACGUGGGUAAAUGUGUAGAAGACUAUGAUGGAGCCUAUGCUGCGAUAUUUGACAGGUACCACAAGCCACAUUGUGAAUCUGCAGCGUUUCAACUCACCAUUAACUCCGUGGCUGAUCUGACAAUGAAGAAUGGAUCUCCCACCACACGUGAGACGUGUUACGUAAAAGUUACUUCAAGUCGUUUUAAAAAAAUUACGAAAAUGGUGCCAUACCACAGGCGAGCGGUUUUCAACGAAAAAUUUGAUAUGGUGAUUGACAAUCCCAAGGCGGAUUCCAUUUCUCUUGCCGUCUACUCUGCUAACCACAAAUAUGGGGAAUGUCUUGUGUCAUUGAACGGCUUACAACCGCGUGUGCCAAAGGAACGGACACAUAACAUUGUCUACGCAGCGGGAACAGGGGAUGCAUGUUACUGCGGUACCAUCAAAAUUGUUCUUUGCACUGUUAAUUACGGCACAGAAUCACCUGUGAGUGAUGCGGAAGACGAAAAGAGACGUAUUCGUUUACGGAACUACCUGUGGAAGUAUCUUCGUGACGAUUUGCAUCGCCUAGACCCCAUCGUGGCAUCCAUCAGCCAUAUGAACUCUUUCAUGGGGAAGUUGGUACGUGCGUAUGGACCGGAGCCUCGACCAUACAUGAUGAUGCUUCGGAUUCAAAAUUUCCAUCGUAACGAAAAAGAAGAAAAACCCAAGACUUAUGCCGUUGUUGUUCGUAUGGGUCCUGAAAUUUACCGAACAGCCGGGGUGCGUUUCUCACAAGAUUUUAUUUUUAGCAAUGAGACAACGUUUCCAGUGUACACGGCUGAGAAGGGUGAGCUUUUCUUUAUGGUGGUUGAUGAGGCAGAUGCCAAUGAUGCCGAGGUUGGGCGAGUCGUUAUUUCGCUUAGGGGUAUAGUUCGGGAAAGUUUAUUUCAACUCCAGCUGCCGGUCUAUCAAGAAGCCCUAACGGCAGAUGCCAAAGUGGUUGGUACACUUUCUAUUGAAGGGAUUGUUCAUGGAUAUGGCUUGGUAAAAGAAGUUAUUUCUCCAAAUAAAAAAAAAUAUUUUUGCCAACGCGUGGAAGCACUUUUGUCCCACUAUGAUCCUUCACAAUUACAUCGUGUGGAAUAUCUUCUUGGUGAGUACGUGGGGCAGGAAGAGAGGCUUAUUAAGGAACUUACAGACACACUCGGUCCAGAAACAGGUUCUGCUCCAAUGCGGGUUCGCAUCGUGAAUAUAAAUGACUUUGCUCCCAUGUGCUCUUGUUACGUUAAAGUUUACCUGGAUGAUGUCUUGGUGCUUCGCACAAAAGAUCAUCACGCCGCUAAAUCUCUGGCUUUUGAUAUUGAAAUGAAAAAUGAGACGACCGUAUCUAUUGCAAAUCCGCUGCACUCUACACUGAGGUUCAAAGUUUGUGAGCAUCGACUAUUUCGUGCAUCUCGUCUGUUAGGGGUUGCUGAGAUGAGCCUUCGUAAUAUGGUGCGAGAUGAGCUCAAUUUAUGCUCACUUUCAUUAUUUGAUGAGGGGACUCGGGAAGAGAUUGGGGUGUUGGCAGUAGAGGUGCAGUCCCCGGGAUUUGUGAAGGGAACCGUGACGAUGUAUGGUAAGCCACGCAAUGGUAGUAAAGGGAGCGCGGUGGAGGAGGUUACAAGAGAUGUCACAUCAUUGAUGCGGAAAUAUCUUCCUCAGGAGGUUCCGCAUGCACAACCCCUUAUUUCAAAGGCCACAUCCCUGAGGAAUGCUCACCGGGAGUUACUGAAACGGUUUGCACCGGAUCCGAUUGAUUUUACGUUUUAUGUUCAUAUUGACAAUGUUAAUAUGUUUCGGGCGGAGGACAAAGAUGCAGUAGAAAAAGGCAACAUAUCCAUUUCUGCUUCCUUCUUAAAUGAAGAGAUGCGAUCUUACCUAAAGGUGAAAUGGGAGGAUCGAAUUGAUACAUGCAAAUACUUCCCGGAAAUGCGCAUGGACAUUUCUUUUCUACGAGGCUCCGUAUCCACACGACGUGUGCCCCCGCUCGAAAUCGUUUUUUUCGAGAAAUCUGCGCCAGCCGCCCAGGCAUCCUCCGUUGUGUCCAAACGGAACACAAUCUACAAGAGCCUUCUGUUGCCAGAAAGAGAGUUGGGUCGUAUUCUUUUGUCUCUUCGAGCUCUUUUAACCAGACGAGUUUACCGACUUGGUGAGGCCUUUACGGUGCCCAUUCUUCGUUCGGCUAGUCGCUCCGUUAUGCCAGGUGGCCUUGGAGGCACGGUUUCUGAAGUCAUCAUGGGCGAAAUAACAUUACACGUCACAACGCCUGCCUUUGAACAUAUUCCACAUCGGCUGCGAUUUGCUCCAAAGAAGAUGGAACAUUAUAAUCGUGGAUAUGUUCGCCAUUUCGAAAAACGUAUUGCGGCAUUUUAUCGAGUCUACGACCCUUCCUCAUUGCGUGAGUUGCAUUUUACUUUGUACGAGCGCCAUGUGGCGUCCGCCCGGUGGCCUCGCUCGCUGUAUGACUGGUUGCUGAUGCUCAUUAAGCAACACGGCCCGGAGCCGAUCAACGAAUUUGGGCCUCCGCCAAAACUUUCAUUCGACGACGACAGCGAGGAGGAGGACGAAGAGGAGGAGGAGGAGGAGGAGGAGGAGGAAAAACGGUCGCAGGAGAACGGCAGACAUGCCACCGGCAAAAUCACCAGACGGGAGGAGAUGGUAAAUUCUCUCCCAUCGAGCCGUUUACAGUCACGUAGGCAUCGCUUAAAUCGUCCCAAUACAAACUAA